AUGUGGAAACAACAUUUCGAUAGCAAUUUUGGCCGUAUCAACGCUCUGCGGAACUAUACAGAUCAGCUAUCUCUUCGAUGUUGGGAGAUUGGCGUCGAAGGAGCCCAUGUGGGUUGGGAAAGACCAUUGUACAAAAAGAAGAUCAACGAAAGCAUGAGCGAUUACAACUCAGCUGUCGGUUUGGACAACGUUUUGACACCUGUAUGGACUUUCUGGAAUGCUAUGUUUCUAGCAGUGACUACCUACACUACAAUCGGGUAUGGUAAUAUUACUGCAAAAACAAAAUUGGGGAAGUUAGCAGCAAUGGUGUAUGCAGUAAUUGGCAUUCCCCUCGUAUUGAUGAUUUUGCACAAGUUAGGGCGAUUCUUUCUCUUAGCUCUGGAGCAUGUUUGGGACUUCCUAAUGAGGCGAAGGAGCAGAGUACCUAUGUUUCGUAUCUGGAGGCAGUCGAUUGAAACUAUCAGAGGAGGAGAGAAUCUCAGAGAUGCCGCUGAU